ACACCUGAAAAAAUGUUGAGUCGCGUUUCAAAUUCGUUAUUUUGUGUCGGAAAAGGAUUAUUUAAAUCUUCCUAUACGUGUUCCUGUAGAAUAGUGCAAUAUGAAACAUUUUCCAAAAAGAGGUCAUUCUGCAGCAAGAGUAUUCGUGAAAAAUUAAGGGAUAAUGAAGCUGAAAAGGAGGAGUCGAAACAUAACCCUACUUACACCGUAAGUCAAAAAUACAAAGUGUUCAAAGACGAAGAUUCACCGGUUAUUUUUGACGUCGAUGAAGAAAGACAUAAAAUAAAUCUUGCUGAAUUAAAUAUCGAGGAAGAAGAGUUCGAUCCCUAUGCUGGUAUAAACCUAACACGUGGUAUAACUGGCGUAUACGAAAUCGAAGAUCUGAUUGAAGUCCUGAAAAAGGAUAAUGCCCAAGAUGUCUUCGUAGUUUCUGUACCACCGGAAUAUGCAUACGUAGACUACCUUGUCAUAGUGUCAGCAAAGUCAGCCAGGCAUAUGACCGCCCUGGCUACUUUCGUACGUAAAGUCUACAAAUUAAAAAGACAUCCUGGAGACGUAAUUCCCAAAAUUGAGGGAGAGAAUUCGAAAGAUUGGGUCGCUUUAGAUCUAGGAAAUAUCGCACUUCACAUAUUUUCUAAGAAAACCAGGCAAAUUUUUGAUUUGGAAAGUUUAUGGGCAGUCGGUGCAAAGUACGAUGACCACGUGAAUAGGCGAGAUCCACAAUCGGAAGUAUUCGAAAAAUAUGAUGCUUUCUUGAAAGGAUUACAACCAGCCGAUGGUUAAAUUGUAAAUAAGUUUUACUAGAUAAGUUAGAUUAAUGUGAAUAAAAUAUUUUGUAAGCAUA